AUGUCAAACGGUGUCAAAUGGUUUAAUGGAAAACCAGGAGACCUGAUAGAGAUCAACCGUGGGCCCUAUCAGCACUGGGCCGUCUACAUCGGAGAGAAUGAAGUGGUUCAUUUAGUUACAGAGGGUGUUCAGUCAUCUGGCUCGUCGGCGAGUCUGAGCAGCAGCAACGGAAAGGUGAAGCGUGAGAAGUUCAACGAUGUGGUCGGCAAUCACCAUUACCAGGUCAACAAUCUGCUGGAUAAAAUGUUCAAGCCUCGUGAUCCUUCCGUCAUAGUGAAGGAGGCCUGUGCGAUGGUGGGCCGCGAGCCACAGUACGACCUUGUCACUUACAACAGUGAGCACUUUGCUACCGACCUGCGAUACGGCGUGGCAGAGUCUCGUCAGAUUAAUGUAAAACCAGGAGACCUGAUUGAGAUCAGCCGUGGGUCCUAUCAGCACUGGGCCGUCUACAUCAGAGAGAAUGAAGUGGUUCAUUUCACUACAGAGGAUGAUAAGUGGUAUGACUCGUUCAAGAGUCUGAGCAUAAGCAGCAGCAGCAGCACUGGAUAUGGGUUCCGUCAGUCUCUCAUCAAUGUGAUCGGCCAGAAACGGUACAACGAACUGCUGGAGUGCAUGAACCAGACUCGUGGGUGCAACAUCAUUGGGAUGGACGGCAUUGCGCUGAUACUCGGCGAGGAUCUGAAUUUCAAUGAGGCUAAGUUAAAAAUCUUUUUGGAGGUGCUGAUCAGCGAAAUAGGAUAUGUGAAGCGUGAGAAGCUCGCCGAUUUGGUCAAGGAUGACCGUUACCAGAUCAACAAUGGGCUGGAUGAAAAGUACAAGCCACGUGAUCCUUCCAUCAUAGUGAAGGAGGCCCUUGCGAUGGUGGGCCGGGAGCUAAAGUACAACCUUUUCACUUACAACUGUGAGCACUUUGCUACUAAGAUGCGAUACGGCGUGGCAGAGUCUCGUCAGAUUCAAGAAGCCGCUUCGAUCUUUGGCCUUACCGCUAAGUUGCCUCGGUCACUGGAACCCCAGUUGUCGCUGCAGUAGUUGGGACAUUUGUUGUCUGUGCAGCUCUGUUUCGCAGUCGUUCCAGCAGUUAAGAGGAAGAGGAUGAAAACAAGAAGAAAACUAAAAACAUAUCCCAAACAUUGGCAACAAUGAAUGUUGGCAUGUAGCUGAGAGUAAUUAUGAUUUCAACUUUUGAAAUAAAAUAUUUCACUUGUGCAAUCUGGAGAGAAAAAGGUUUCAACACAGUUAAAAGACAUUUGACCUUGAAUCAGAAAAGACAAUAAGACAUUAAAUCAUCUGGAUGAUUAGACUAAAGACACAUCUCUCCAGACUUCACGUUGGAUAAAAGAUACAAAAUAUAUUCUUCUAUAUCUGUUUAGUAGCACCUCUAUAUAUCUAGUAGCACUUAUAUAACACUUACAUAUAGCACUUUGUAGUUUGGCUUUCUUGAAGCAAAUUGUACUUGAUUCUUGUUGUUCUGGGUUUGUUCUCUCAUGUUGAUGAUCUUAUUGUUGCUUUGGAUAAAAUGUGAUGUGAUGUGAGGGAUGUUUCUUUAUCUUUCAUGUAACUUUUUAAACAGAUCAAAUAAUCAUUUGCACACAAUUUAUUUGCAAUAAAAUAAUUGAAGAUACAUUUUUUCAAGACUUUAAGGCAUUAAAUCAUCUGGAUGAUUAGUCUGAAGACACAUCCCUUUUAGACUUCACCUUUAACAUCCAUUUCCAGUACAUGGUGGGGAGAGGCGAUGGACAAGUGGCAGAAAAAUUGGACUAUGGGCAGAAAAUCUGACUGGAUGGUCUCUGGUUCGACUCCACGUAGUGACAACCAAAGAAAAAAAAAACAUCUGUCCAAAGAAGUCCAAGAGGACUCUCCCUACCCCACUGUCUAAGUGCUCCUGAGCAAGGCCCCUUACUACCCCAACAUCUGCUCCCCGGGCGCCUUGCAUGGCGGCCCAAUGCUCUGUGUGUCUUCCUGUUUUCACCAGAUGGGUCAAAAGCAGAGGACAAAUUUUCCCCCAUUUGCAUGAGUGUGCAUGUGUGUGGGAUUAAUAAAUGUAUCUUAUCUUAUUUUAUAAUUCCACACAAUACAAAACGUAUAUGUAUAAUCUGUAAUUCAGAACACUUGAUCCUGCAUAUUUGACCAAAUAAAGUUUUCUCACUGUCAA